UGGAAAAAGAAUUGACAGGAGAGGAACUUGAUUACAUUAUCAUGAUUAAAAAAGUGUAUAAUUCCUGCAUGGAUGAAGAGGGUCUCAAGUCAGCGGCUAAUAGACCUCUGAGAGCAAUCUUAAAGCAUCUAGGAGGGUGGCCAGUGAUACAAGUAAGAAGGUGGAACUCGGCAAAGUUUGACUGGAUUGAUACUUUGAUUAAAAUCCGCAAUCUGGGCUACAAUCACGAUAUUUUUAUAUCAUUAUCUGUUACGAUGGACAACGAGAAUAACACGGCGAACAUUAUAAAGUUGGGAAAACCAUCAUUUGGAAUGGAUAGUAGAUAUUUGUUGCGUGGAGUAACUGAUAAAUCCGUUAGAGAUUACGUGCUCUCCAUGGAAAAAUCAGCAGACGAACUCGGUGCAUAUAACUUACCGAAAAGUCCAAUUUACAAAGCAUUCGAAUUCGAAGUUAUGCUUGCCAAUAUCUCUUUACAAAAUGAGAAAGAAAACGUGAGUAUAAUCAACAGGAAGUACACUGUUAAGGAUCUCAAGACUCUAGUACCGCAGAUAAACUGGGAUAAGUACUUCAAUGGAUUGCUAAGUAAUGGAGUCUCUGACAAUGACAUCGUUCUAGUUGAGGACUUAACUUUCAUAGAAAAUGUAGCCCAUUUCAUCAUUAAAACACAUAAGAGGGUACUGGCAAACUAUAUGAUAUGGAGAGUUAUUGACCAAUCCAUGUCUUUUAUGUCGAAAAGAUGGAGGUCUUUGAAAUACAGCCCAAGACAUUCUCUAGAAACGAAGCGUUGGGAAGUGUGUCUUUCCUUCAUCCGUGAUAACUUAGGAAUCGCCCUCAGUUCUUAUUAUGUUCGUAACUACGUCCAAGAGGAAAACUACGACACUGUACAAGAGUAUGUCGAUUAUAUUCGAGAAAAUUUCGUACGUAUCCUAGAAAACACAGAAUGGAUGGACGAUGACACUAAAGAAAUUGCCAAAGCAAAGGUUAAAUCCAUAACUUCGCACAUAGGAUAUGCGAAAGAGCUUCUAAAUGCUUCUUAUAUUUCUGACCUGUAUAAGAACCUGAAUAUUGAUAACACUAGCUAUUUCGAUAUCAGGAGGAAAAUAUUCAAGUGGUCAACAGAUUAUUCAUUUUCUCUCCUUCGGAAACCCAACAUGAAAGGAAGGUGGAACAAGCACUCAAGGACAACAGUUAUACAAGCCUUUUAUGAUGAAAGACAAAACAGUAUAGGCAUUCCUACAGGAGUUUUACAGGCUCCCAUAUUUUAUAAUAAUAGACCACACUAUUUGAAUUUUGGAUCUCUUGGUUACAUUAUUGGUCACGAAAUAACCCAUGCAUUUGAUAAUAGAGGUCGAAUAUUUGAUAAAGAUGGCAAUAGCAGAAACUGGUGGUCCACAACGGAGGAACAGGCUUUCAACUCGAGAGCGGAGUGUUUUAUAGAGCAAUAUGAUAACUAUACUGCCGAAAAUGGAAUGCAGGUAAAAGGCAUGAACACGCAAGAUGAAAAUAUAGCUGACGGCAUUGCUUUGAAAGCAGCUUAUCUGGCAUAUCAGUCGUGGGUGAAAGAUCACAAAAGGGAACAAAAGCUGCCUGGAUUGGAUUAUACACCGAAUCAGUUGUUCUGGAUACAAGCAGCGAACAUAUGGUGCGAGAAAUUACAACCUGAAACUCUGAGAAAUAUCAUUACCUAUGCUCCUUAUAGCCCAUCCAAGUUCAGAGUGAUAGGACCAAUGUCUAAUCUACCAGAAUUUGCUAAAGACUUUCAGUGCAAUGUAACUUCUGAAAUGGUGCGAAAAAACAAGUGUCAGGUUUGGUAGAGAAGUCAGCUCAAAAUUUAAUUUUAGAAAAGGAUAUGCUAUGUCUUUAUAUUAAUACUAUUGAUUAGCUGUUAUUAAUAAUGUAAGGAUUGUGUGCAAGGAUUUUAUAUGUAAAAUUUUAUAUGAUUUUACAUUUAAUAGCAUUUUUUACCUAAAUAAAGUGCUGAAAUUCCUGUUA